GAAGCAGAGAGUAGCCUUGGGAAGCUGUUUGCCUGUUCACUUGGGAAGAGCUUGACAGACUCAAGGAGUGCCCGGGAAAGUACCUGCUGUUGGAUUGCUUUGCCUCCUGGUUUGCAGAGCAGUCCAGGAGAAGGAUGAGGUGAAGAAGAGACUCUGAAAACACCCAAGUUGCAACUUCUGGCUCUCUCCUGCAGCUCUCAUGAAGGAGGAGUGAAAAGGCUCUUUCAGUUUGUGGCAAGCCUGUGGGGGGUCACCCUUCAGCUUGGGUAUCCAUGAGGGGUUCAUCCACCUGCACCCGACAUGGUCCUGCGUUAGUAGCUGUGGCAGAAAAACAGCUUCGAGCUCAGAACCAAGUACUGAAAAAAGGAGUUGUAGAUGAGCAAGCAAACUCUGCUUCACUGAAGGAGCAACUGAAGAUGAAGGAUCAGUCACUGAGAAAGCUGCAACAGGAAAUGGACAGCUUAACAUUUAGAAAUCAGCAGCUUGCCAAACGGGUGGAGUUACUUCAAGAUGAACUUGCAUUAAGUGAAGCCAGGGGCAAAAAGAGCAAGAAAAGUGUAGAAUCUUCAUCUCAGUUGAGUCAAGAACAGAAAAGUGUCUUCAAUGAAGAUCUUCAGAAGAAAAUAGAAGAGAAUGAACGACUACAUAUACUGUUCUUUGAAGCAGAUGAGCAGCACAAACGUUUGGAAGCGGAGCUGAGAACUAGACUUGAGGUUUUGGAAACUGAUGCUGCCCAGCACCAAGCUGUGGUGGACAGUUUAACGAAGAAAUACACAGAUACCAUAGAAAAGCUGCAGAAUGAUAAAGCCAAAUUAGAAAUCAAGUCUCAGACACUAGAAAGAGAAGCUAAGGACUGCAGGCUUCGAACUGAAGAAUGCCAGCAACAGCUAAAGAGCCUUCAAGCAGCUUUGGGCAGUAGACUGGAAGAAUCACUAUGCAUAAUUAAUGAAAAAGUACCUUUUAAUGACACAAGAUCUAAUCGAUACAAUGCUCUGAAUGUACCGUUACACAACAGAAGAUAUCAGCUGAAGUUGCGAGACCUUACUGGCAAGGCACUGGCUUUUGUUCAAGAACUCGUAACAGCUCUCUUGAACUUCCACACAUACACUGAGCAGAAGGUACAGAUCUUUCCCAUUGAUUCUGCAACAGACACUAUAUCACCGUUGAAUCAGAAGUUCUCACAAUAUCUCCAUGAAAACGCUUCAUACGUUCGCCCUCUGGAGGAAGGAAUGCUGCACUUGUUCGAGAGCAUCACGGAGGAUACUGUGACAGUCCUGGAAACAACAGUGAAAUUGAAGGCCUUCUCAGAACAUUUAGCCUCCUACUUGUGCUUUUUAAGAAAGAUUCUUCCUUAUCAGUUAAAAAGUUUGGAAGAAGAGUGUGAGUCUUCUCUUUGCACAGCUGCUUUAAGAGCUAGAAAUAUGGAGCUACACAGAGACAUGAAAAGGUUGACUGCAGUCUUUGAGAAGCUACAUACAUAUGUCAGUCUUCUGGCCUUACCGAGUACAAAACCAGAAGGACUACUUAGGACAAAUUAUAACUUUGUGUUUACAAACAUUGCUGCAAGUCUUCAUGGAUUUCAUGACGUUUUAAAAGAUAUUUCCAAACACUACAGUCAGAAAGCUACUUUAGAACAAGAUGUUCCAACUGCCACACAGAAACUCAUAACUACAAAUGACUGUAUUUUAUCCUCUGUUGCGGCUUUAACAAAUGGAGCAGGCAAGAUCGCCUCGUUCUUCAGCAACAACUUGGAUCACUUCACUGCUUCAUUGAGCUAUGGCCCUAAAGGAGGAACAGAGUUCAUCAGCCCUCUCUCAGCUGAAUGUAUGCUGCAGUACAAGAAAAAGGCAGCUGCUUACAUGAAGUCUUUGAAGAAGCCUUGUGCAGAUUCAGUGCCUUAUGAAGAGGCUUUAGCCAAUCGCAGAGUUCUCCUGAGUUCUACAGAAAGUAGAGAAGGUCUUGCACAACAGGUUCAGCAGAGUUUGGAGAAAAUUGCAAAACUUGAACAAGAAAAAGAACACUGGAUGUUGGAGGCCCAGCUAGCUAAAAUAAAGCUAGAGAAAGAAAACCAGAAACUGAAGAACUCUCUUAGUGGAAAUUUAACUGAAACUAUGCAGGAGCAUUCCAUUUUGCCAAAUGUAACAGAACAAAAGAAGGAAACCACAGAAAAGAGGGAACCCAUUAAGAGUACUAGUCUGAUUGGAAUGUUGACUAUAACUACUGAUAAUGAAAAGGCUCCAGAUGUUGAGUCUCGUGAAGACCUGAUAAAAACCCACUAUAUGGCAAGGAUAGCAGAACUUACCUCUCAUCUGCAGCUUGCUGACAGCAAAUCAGUGCACUUUCAUGCUGAGUGUCGAGCACUUGCCAAAAGACUGUCCUUAGCAGAGAAGUCCAAGGAGUCGCUCACGGAAGAGUUGAAGGCAGCCAGUCAAAACAUCAGCAGAUUACAGGAUGAAUUGAUGACGACAAAGAGAAGUUAUGAGGACCAGUUAAGUAUGAUGAGUGACCAUCUCUGCAGCAUGAAUGAAACCUUAACUAAACAAAGGGAAGAAAUUGAUACUCUAAAGAUGGCUAGUAAGGGAAAUUCUAAAAAGAACAAAAGUCGAUAGUUUAUGGCUGAGUCUUUGGAAGCUGCUGCUGCUGCACAGGAUGCAGAUAGUGACCGUUCAUUAUCCAGUACCUGUUUGUUCCAGGAAGCAGAGGCUGGUAUUGGGUCUAGUAAAAACUGAAUUGGUGCUGUAAAUGGCUUUAAAAUAUUUAGAACUUGUAACAGAUAAACCAGAACUUAAUGCUGGCUCUAAACCAGGAAAUACACACUCUGUGGAUAAUUUAUAUAGUAAUUACCUUCAGUUUUUACUGUGCACUUUUUAAAACCAGGUUUUGAUUUCAUGUAAUAACUUCAGAUUUUGUAUAUUUUCAAAUACGUGUAUGUAUUAACAAAUUUGGAUCCGUGCAGUAGUUGUCUAUUUUUGAGUUAUACAUUUCAUUGUCAAUAUGUGUACAUUCCAUUACUUGUUAAUAACAGUUUAAAAAUGAGUUUUGAGACUUUUUUUGGCCAUGCAAGCUGUGCAGUUACUGUAAGUGUAUUAUUCCUAUUCUCAGCCCUUUUGAAUUAAUUGGAGUUGUGGCUUGAAAGGAUUUUUACGAAUUCACACAAGUAAACGGGAUCAUUAUUUUAGACUGCAACAGUGGAAACUUUUCCUGCUUGCAUUUGGCACUUUGGAUAUUGAAGUAAAGAGCACAAACAGCUGAAUUGGGAUACUUCUAUGAAACUGCUUUAAGCCCUUACAGUAACAUUUUGUUUACACAUAUAUGUAUAUAUAUAUUGGUUGAAACAGCUGUUUAAAGCUAGAGGAAACUGUGAUUGUCAUUUACCCCAAAAGAGUGCAACAAUAUGUGUAGAAUAGGUCACCUUACCGUGCUCUCUUACAGUAAAGAAGAAUACAAAAUAUGUGAAAGAUUUAAACACUGAAUUUGCAGAAGGUGUUCAUGGAAUUAAGUCCUGAUGGAUUCACUGAGGGGAUGCACAUGGCUUUUCCUGUGUUUUCAGAAGUUUGUGAACUUUAGGCCUCUCCUAAGACAUUUUUUUUUUUUUUGAGUGAAGUUUAAUACCACGAGUUUUCACAGCACUGGUUUGUUGGUUGGGGUUUUUUUGUUUUGUUUUUUUAAAAUCAGAUGCUGUGCUGCUCCACACUUUACACUGAUCUUCUGUUCCAUAAUUUGCAUUAUGGCACUUGUCCCGUAAGGGUUUACUCCGAUAUCGAAAGUGUUGAUAUGUAUUAUCAAUAUGUAAUAAUAAAAUCAACUACAUGAAACCAG